AUUUUUACUGUUCCUUUCUUACGGAUAACGGGCCCGGCUAUAGGGUUGUCACUGAACCCCAACCGCCGUCUGUGUCCAACUCCCCAGCGUCAAGACUCGGUUCUGGAGCAGGUGUCCAUCUCUCUGUCUGUGGCACAGGCCCUAGCUGAGGAUGUGGACUGUCAUGUCUUCAGGGACUUUGGGAAGGGACACAUCAAGAAGCUGAAGAUCAGCCCAGAUGCCUUCAUUCAGUUGGCUCUGCAGCUAGCUUACUACAGGGUGUUGUCGGAGCCCUGGCGUCUCUCCACCUGUCAGAUUCCGGUUCAGCAGUUGGAGCUGUUUGACAUGAAGAACCACCCAGACUUUAUAUCCCUGGGUGGAGGUUUCAGCCCUGUGGCAGACGAUGGCUACGGAGUGUCGUACAUUAUCAUAGGAGAGGACAUGAUCAACUACCAUGUAUCCUGCAAGCACUCUUUCUCUGAGACGGACUCACACUGGUUCGGGGCACAGAUCAGUCGUGCUCUACUGGACCUCCUCUCUGUGCUUACCCCAGCUAAGACCAAGAACCCACAGGCCCAGGACAAGAAACGGCAGUGAACACUUACAGGGAGGAAGGGACCAUAGGGCUAAGGGGUCGCUUUGUUUUUUCAUAGUAGGAUAAUAUUCUAUUGAGCGUGGUUGUGUAUAAAGAAAGCCCUAAGAGAUUCAGUGUGAUGGAAUGAUGAAUUCUGAAAAUGAUAUGUUCCCUCCUGCUCAGCGAUGGAGGGGUGGAUGGAGGGAGAGAGAGGUGAAGAGGUGGAGAAGUGCAAUAGGGAGCAAGGGAACUAACAAGGGUGAGGCAGAGAGCAAGGGAAGGAGGGAUGAGAAAGUGAGGGAUAAAUCUCCACAAAAAGAGAAGAGAAGGAGUGGAGGUUACCCCCAUAGAGAGAACAUAGGUCAGAGGUAGGCAAUAACUUUUCUUGUUUUUCUUUUAUGAACCCAACAUUAUGGCUUUUCUUUUUUAUCAUUUUGAAUGUGAACUACUGUUGGAAAGAGUCAUGUUUAUUAUUGUAAUAUUUUAUUGAAAAGUCCUUUAAGUUUGCCUCAAAAAGACUUCCCUAGUUAAAAAAUAAAGCUAUAGGAGCAGCAGUGGAAGUUUAAAGAACUUGUAAUUUUGGUUGAAUUAUUCUCGAGUCAAUGUAGCUCUCUAACUGAAUGGGUCGGCUGCAGUGAACAUCAUUAGGAUGUGAUAUCAGGAGCAGGGUUGGGGUCAAUUCCAAUUCAGUCAAUUCAGGAAGUAAAUAAAUAUUCCAAUUCAGUGAUUAAAAGCAAUUGCAUUAGAUUUUUCAAUGAUUUCUCAAUACAUAAGAGAAGAAGAAGAAUGUUAUUUAAUUACAUUUUCUCUUUUUGUAUUUUAAUAAAUAAAUCACUUUUGAAUUGAUCCAAACCCUGUCCAGGAUAUCUUAUUAUUAUUUGGAUUGGGAUCAUCUCCAGGCUCGUAUUCAUUAAGCAUUUCAGAUUAGUAGUGUUGAUCUAGGGACAGUUUUGCCUUUUAGAUCAUAAUUAAUAAGAGUAUAUGGACAUGGAUGUACAUGAUCCUAGAUCAGCACAACUACUCUUGAUUACAGGCGAGGUUAAUUUUUGUUCUUAAAUACCUUCACCAGUAGAAAUCCACUUUUUCGAGUUCAAAUGGCCAGCGCUUACCCAUGAUGUUACACAACAAUUUAAGUCAACAAGUCAUCGUUAUAGUCAAAGCAUUAUAUAUUUGGGCUUGAAGUGACAAAUCUGAACUGUCCACUUCAUGCAAAUCCAUGUAAAUGCAAUGUUUUUCCUAUGAUAUAACAUACUAAUUAUUUUCAGCCUACGUUUCAUUUCAGGGCUGGGUUUUAUUUAAAUGUUAUCACCCACCAGCAUGGCAUUGUUUAUUCAUCAGAACCCGCUGCAAAGUUAUUCCUCUUCGUGACUGAGAUGAGCCAAACAGCCUUGUGUCCACUUCGCCGCCUGAUGAAGCAAAUUAAAAUGGGGGGUGCAAA